AUGUUUCCGUACACGCUAACGCAGUUGGCAAGGACGAAUCCCUUCCAUGCCCCCGUCGUGGUGUUCUACCAAGAAGACGGUGCCAGCCAUGACGCACCUGUUGCGCCUCUCGUGAGGAGGACACUCGCGGCAGCCUCACAAGACGCAGAUGUGAGCUGUGAGUAUGGCUCCAAAAAGUACUAUGCGCUGUGUGGCUUUGGAGGAAUCCUCAGCUGCGGCCUCACACACACUGCAGUAGUGCCCCUCGACCUCGUCAAAUGCCGCAUACAGGUUGAUCCUGAUAAAUAUAAGUCCAUGUUUAAUGGCUUCUCGGUGACGUUGCGUGAGGAUGGCCUCAGGGGGAUGGGGAGGGGCUGGGCCCCCACCUUCAUCGGAUACUCCAUGCAGGGGCUCUUCAAGUUCGGCUUCUACGAGCUGUUCAAGUCCUUCUACAGCGACAUGCUGGGAGAGGAGAACACCUAUCUGUGGAGGACGUCUCUGUACCUGGCCUCGUCAGCGAGUGCGGAGUUCUUUGCGGACAUCGCCUUGGCCCCCAUGGAAGCCUGUAAGGUGCGCAUCCAGACCCAGCCGGGCUACGCUAGGACGCUACGGGAAGCAGCGCCCAAGAUGCACGCAGAGGAGGGGCUAACGGCUUUCUAUAAGGGAGUGUUUCCCUUGUGGAUGCGGCAGAUUCCCUACACUAUGAUGAAGUUUGCCUGUUUCGAGCGCACCGUGGAGCUGCUCUACAAGUACGUGGUGCCCAAGCCGCGUGGAGAGUGCAGCAAGGGAGAGCAGCUCGUGGUCACCUUCUGUGCCGGUUACAUUGCUGGUGUGUUCUGUGCCGUGGUGUCCCACCCUGCUGACUCGGUGGUGUCCGUGCUGAACAAGGAGAAGGGCAGCACUGCUGUUCAGGUGCUCAAACGCCUCGGACCAAAAGGUGUGUGGAAGGGUCUGUUUGCUCGUAUCAUCAUGAUCGGCACCCUGACGGCGCUCCAGUGGUUCAUCUACGACUCGGUGAAGGUCUACUUCCGCCUGCCCCGCCCACCUCCGCCGGAGAUGCCUGAGUCCCUCAAAAUAAAGCUGGGAUUGGUCACCUACGAGUAG